GCAGCGACCCGGAAGCGGUUUUGCUCUGCAUAAAUUUUGUAGCUGGGAUUGACUUCUAAACAUUAAUGUUGCACAAGGAAGAACCUGGGAGAAGGAGAAGAAAGAGGAAAUAAAAAAAAAAGCCAGGGAUGGCUGUCACUCAGGGACAGUUGUCAUUCAGUGAUGUAGCCAUAGAGUUCUCUCAAGAGGAAUGGGAAUGCCUAGACCAUGCACAGAGAGCUUUGCACAGGGAUGUCAUGUUGGAGAAUUACAGCAACCUGCUCUCCCUGGGAGUCACACUUCCAAAUUUGAAUGCUAUGUCUAAGUUGGAACAAUACAAAGGGCCCUGGACUGUGGAGAGUGAGGCAAUAAGAACCAGAAAAUCAAAUGGAAAGGAAUAUAUCAGAGCUAUGAGUGCAGAAAAUAUUAAUGGUAAUGAAGCUAAGUCCAUCAGCAGUGGUUCUUCAAUUUUGUCAUCUGACAAAAUUCUUGCUAGUGGUGACAAAGCACCUGUUGUUCAUGAAUAUGAUGUUUAUUCUUCACUACGUAUAAAAGGACAGAAAGCCACCAUUAAGGGGAAACCUUAUCAAUGUAAAGAGUGUGACAAAGUCUUCAGUUAUACUUCUUCUUUAGCAUAUCAUCGGCAGAUUCAUACUGGAGAAAAACUUUACAAGUGUCUUGAGUGUGGUAAGGCUUUUUUUCGACGUUCUUAUCUUUUGGUACAUGAGAGGCAUCAUACUGGAGCGAAACCUUACAAAUGUAAUGAAUGUGGCAAGGUGUUCAGUCAGAAUUCACACCUUAAGAGUCAUCGAAGAAUCCAUACUGGUGAGAAACCAUUCAAGUGCAAUCAUUGUGGCAAAGCCUUUAGUGUUCGUUCAAACCUAACUCACCAUCAGGUAAUCCAUACUGGAGAUAAACCUUAUAAAUGUAAUGAGUGUGGCAAGGUCUUCAGUCAAACCUCAAGCCUCACAAUUCAUCGUAGAACUCACACUGGAGAGAAACCUUACAGGUGCAAUGAGUGUGGGAAAGUAUUCAGUUCACAUUCAAACCUAAAUACCCAUCAGGCAAUCCAUACUGGAGAAAAACCCUACAAAUGUUCAGAGUGUGGCAAGGUCUUUACUCAGAAUUCACACCUUGCAAAUCAUUGGAGAAUACAUACUGGAGAGAAACCUUACAAGUGUAAUGAGUGUGGCAAAGCCUUUAGUGUAUACUCUAGCCUCACUACCCAUCAGGCAAUCCAUACAGGAGAAAAACCUUACAAGUGUAAUGAAUGUGGCAAGGUCUUCACUCAAAAUUCACACCUAGCUAGUCACCGUGGAGUUCACAGUGGGGAAAAGCCUUACAAGUGUGAAGAAUGUGGCAAACUCUUCAGCCAAACUUCAAAUCUUGCAAGACAUUGGAGAGUUCACACUGGAGAGAAGCCUUACAAAUGCAGUGAAUGUGGCAAAGCUUUUAGUGUGCGUUCUAGCCUGAUUGCCCAUCAAGUAAUCCAUACUGGAGAAAAGCCUUAUAAAUGUACUGAAUGUGGCAAGGUCUUCAGUCAGACUUCAAGCCUUUCAAUCCAUCAAAGAAUUCACACUGGAGAGAAACCUUACAGAUGCAAUGAGUGUGGAAAAGCCUUUAAUUCACAUUCCAACCUAAAUACCCAUCAAGUAAUCCAUACUGGACAAAAACCCUAUAAAUGUAUGCAAUGUGGCAAGGUCUUUACUCAAAAUUCACAUCUUGCAAAUCAUCAAAGAACCCAUACAGGAGAGAAACCUUACAAAUGUAAUGAGUGUGGCAAAGCCUUCAGUGUGUACUCAAGUUUGACUACUCAUCAGGCAAUCCAUACUGGAGAAAAACCUUAUAAGUGUAAUGAAUGUGGUAAAGUCUUCACGCAAAAUUCACACCUAGCUAGUCACCGGAGGACUCAUACUGGAGAAAAACCUUACCAGUGUAAUAAGUGUGAUAAAGCCUUUAGUGUGCGUUCAAGCUUGACUACCCAUCAGGCAAUCCAUACUGGAGAAAAACCUUACACAUGUAGUGAGUGUGGCAAAGUCUUUAGUCGAAGUUCCAACCUUACAAGUCAUCAGAGACUUCAUGUUGGACAGAAGCAUAUGUGAAUAUAGCAAGGUCUUUGGGCAUAAUUCACUUCUUGCAUAAUAUCCAGGAAUACAAUCCUAAUAAAAUGUUAGUAUUGUGUUGACGAUAAACACCCAUCAUGAGUUCAAAUAUGUCACUAGAUGUAGUGGUAUGCAUGUACAACCACCCUUUUCAGGGUGUUGUGGGAGCAUUGUCUGCUUGGCAUAUGUAGGAAGAACUUGACCUAAAUUUAAAAAUAUAUCAAGCUUUUGUAGACAUAUAACAUAUUAAGAAGACAUUUCAUACAUGUAGAGAAGAUGCUUCAGGAUAUGAUUUCCACCUCUAUAAACCCAAAAAUGCACAUUGUUGAUGAAAUAAUCCAAUUGGCACUUAUUGAGGAUGUUACUUAAUGACUAUUUACAGUGGAAGGUGAAUAGAAGGAGUUAUUCAGCCUCUUGUUUUUCAUGGCUAAUCUUCAAUGUUACAUUCCACAGAAUAAUUGAUAAUUACUGAACAAUUAAAAGUCAAAAUAGCUAAAACGUGAUAUAUUUGAAAGGUUGAAGAUGGUUGAUACUUGCCUUUAAUAUUCGUGUACUCAUUUAUUUAUGGUUCCUUGAAAAAUCUGCUUUGCCAUUUGUAAUUGUUAUCUGAAACUUUCUGAUGAUACAAUACCUGCCUCAGGGGCCUUUUAUUGCAGCCUUUGGGAAAAAUAGGGUAAAAAGUCACAUUAAUAGAAAAGGGUCAUGUAUGUCUGGUUUUUGAGAAUGACUCCAUUCCACCUUUUGAAUUAAGUAUUGGCUAAGAUAUGUUCCUAAUUUGUGUUUAGAUUCUGUAUUAAAUGCCAUGACUAAAGCUAACUUGGUGAGAAAGUGGUUUAUUUCAUCUUAUAGGUUAUAAUUGAUCAAGAGAAGCCAGGAUAAAGGCUAGACUAGGAACCUGGAAGCAGGGACUAAGGAAGAAAAUGGAGAAAUGAUACCUGGUGAAUUGCUUUUCUUGGCUUAGCUUCCUUCAUACAACCUAGGACCAUGUUCCAAGGGGUGGCACUGCCCAAAGUGGUCUAUGUCCUCAUAUAUCAGUAAUUAAUAAAGAAAAUACUUGACAGAAAUGGCCAGAGUCCAACCUGAUGAAUGUGAAGGGUCUCUCUUCUCAGGAAACUCUAGUUUGUGUCAAGUUAAAAGAUCUAUCCAUAUCAUUUGUCAUCUGAAAGGGACAAGAUAUUGUAAAAUUACAGCAUAAAUUUAUCGUUUAUUGUAUAUGAUGGAGCAUUCUGUGGGGUAAAAGCAAUUAAGUUGGAAAGAAAUGAUCUACCAUCUGAUCAUUGGAUACAGAAACUGCCACAAAAUUAGGAUACUGCACUUUUUGUGAAAUAAGAACAGUAGGCUAUUAGGGAUGUGGUGUUUGUCAAAUAAACUGCAGAAGACUUAGUGAACUUCUUUGAGUAACAACAGGUUUCAUAUUAGGAAAUAAUAAUUUUUCUUACUUUUAAAAUUAAAGUGAAAAACAUUAUUAGAAUGGAACUUAUCUCAAAGAAAUUUUAGGGGCUGUGUAUGUAGCUAGAAAAGAAACACUUGUGUCAUGCAUGUGAGGCCCUAAGUUCAAUGUUCAGCAGCACCAAAAGUAAAAAAAAAUACACAAAACGUUUCUUAAGAGUGACAUCAUUUAACUAUUGUUGUUAAGUUUGUCCACUGUCUUAUUCAAAAUAUAUCAUUAAUUGAACUUGUAACUAAUGAAAGUAAAGCUUUUAUUUUCCUAUAAA